AUGGCCCGCGUGUGUCAAGGUCUUCGUCUUCGAGUUUCAUAUGAGGGCGCCUUCGCAGCACCUGCGAGGCCAGGCCCGCGCCCCCCACCCUUUCGCAGAGGACCUCGUGAGCAGCCUGCUGACGCCCGAGGGCCUCGCGUACCUCUACGAGCAUGCGAAGCCCACCGAGCUGCAGUCCCGCAGAGAGGGCGAUCCGGAUUGAGGUUUCUGGCCGCUCAGGAGAAAGUAUUGUACACCCAGAUGCCGUAUGCGUACAUCACGCAUGUGCACACCGCCAUUUUCGUUUACUGCAUGCCAAUCCCGUUCUUUCUGGUAAAAGACAACGGGUGGUACACCGUCUUGUUUGUUAUGUUUUAUUGUGAUGUGGUGAUUGGGUUGGAGAACCUUGCCGUGGAGAUCGAGAACCCGUUCGGCACCGACGCCAACGAUUUGCCAAUGGAUGCUUACUGCUGCCAGAUCACGCGGGAUAUUUGUGACAUCGUGAAGCGCCGCCAGGUCCGUACAGCUGAGGCCGGGGACGAAGCCAGGCAAUUCGAAGGAGUACUGAAAUAUGAUGACGAAGACGAGGUUGAGGUUGAAGAUGAGGAAGGCGAUGACGACAGCGACGAUUGA